CUUCGCUUUCAAGCCUAAUCUCUCCCUCCCUCGGUCACUUCUUCCAUUUCUACUGCUCUAUCUAAAUGUGUUGUGUUGUGUUGUGGUUUGAAUUGCAUUGAGAUUUUUUAGCACUGACAGUGUGCGUUGAGAAAUGGGGGCUUGUGCUUCAGUCCACAAGGACUCGUUUUCGAACAUGAAGUUCCGACUAUCAUUUGGCUCUAAAACUGAUAAGGUUGUGAUUCCUUCACCAAUCCAUGACAGACCCAUCGUCAAUGGUGACCGUCCGAUCGCCGAUGGUGCUCUCAAAUCUCAACGGUCUCCAUCUCUGCCAGUUCGUGAUUUCGGUAGUAAAGGGGAGACCUUUUUUGAUUCCCAACCCUGGCUAGAGUCUGAUUGUGAAGAUGAUUUCUUCAGUGUUAAUGGUGAUUUUACCCCAUCUCGUGGUAAUACUCCGGUUCACCAGAGUUCCUCUGCAGGAACCCCACAAGGCAAUAGCGCCUUUUUUGAUGACAAAACAACCAGUUCCAAACCGUCACCGUCACCGUCACCAUCACCAACAGAUGGGAAGAAGAAACUAGCUGAACUUUUUCGAGAUAGCUUAAAAGGGGACCAAGAUGUUGAUGACCCAAAUAUACCAGUUAACCAAAAUGUGUCAAAUGGAAAAGUGGAAGCUAAGACUACUAUACUUGGCCUCCCUCCAAGGUCUGAAGUUGGUACCCAUUUUGUCUCUGGACCUAACUCUGUGUGCAGUAGUGAGAGAACUCUUAAUGGGGUUUACAGAGAUGACAAGGAGAAACCAAUGAAAUCCGUGCAGUGUUGUCUUCCAAGAAUGCUUUCAAGCCGUAGCUUUAGUGAAAGGAAAAAGAAGAUGGAGAGUCCUGCACGUAGCAUUGGGUAAUUAACUGUUUUCAAUUACCUUUUAGUACAAUGUAUAUGAAACCAGCAUAAUAUAUGAAAGCUCUGAGAUCUAUCGGACUAGCUCAACUUUGAACCAAGAGAUUUUGAGUAAAUAUCUAAAGAAAUUGGUGUUUAGCAGUAAUGAGAUUGUUGCAUUCAAAAGGAUAUAGGUAAGGAAGAAUAUCAUCGAGAAAUUAUCUGAA